AUGCGAAGAGGAGUCCGUUCGGCUACAGGUUGCCAUGAGUGCAGGGCCAGACAUGUUAAGUGCGAUGAGUCAAAGCCGACCUGUAUGAGAUGCAACAAACGCCAAUCCUCGUGCACUUAUGGGAAGAAGCUCGAAUGGCGUAACAACACUGCUGCUAGACCUAGAUCCAUUGUCAAACGGAUAGUCACAGAUCAGUCGAAGGACCAGGCCAUUCAGAAACCCAACAAUACAAUUCUUGGGCAUCUAGAACCCGAUGGCUUGGUCUUCGGGUCUCUGGAACUGCCGCAGUUCAUGAAUACGUCGACAGUACUGACCGAACUCGCUCAAUGGGAUGAGCAAUUUGCAUCUAUAUCUGACAUCGGAAUGGCAGGUGCAUCGGAUGAUAUGGCUAGUAUCUAUCAGAUGCCUGGUCUGCCUGGGACUACCUCUUUGGAAUGGCAGGAGCAGCUAUCUCUUCCAUUGGCAACCGAUUCAGUCGCUACAACUUAUGUCCCAAUUCAAUACGGAUCCCUACCGGCUGAUUUCAAUCUGAGCACAGAUCGAAGCAAUGCUUUGAUGGAAUUCUACUUCCAGAAGGUAGCUCCGAUUUUCUCGUGCUAUGACGGCGGCAAAAAUCCCUUCCAUCAUCUCGUAGCACAAGUCUGGCAUCGCAAUAAGCAAAACUCUGUCGAGUAUCUGAUGAGCUCUAUUCAAGGUCUUGCAGCUGUAUUCCAUGCAAAAGACGAACCGGCGUAUCAUGCUGAAGUUCUCUUCCUCCAGAAGCGGACCCAGGAACAGCUCGAGCAAGUACCUGAAAGCCAAAGGCACGGUUCCAAGUAUUUAUUUGCUCUGGUCUUGCUGAGUAUCAGUUAUAUGUACAGUCAAGAUGUGCCUGCUUCGUUCAAGGCCUUGAAACUGCUUCGUGACAUCUUGCAGCACGAAGCGACAGAACAUACAUUCAGAACAUCUAAACUACAGAAUCGCGAGCUCCGCUUCUUUUGGGGACUACAGGUUUACUGUGAGGUGUUCUUUGCCUGCACCGAUGAGUUCUAUUGUCUUCCAUCAGUUCCUAUGCAACCUCUAGACGCCAAAAACGAUCUCAAGACUCGCAUAUAUCCUCAUCCGUUCACAGGUGUGGCGAAUUCGAUCAGUAGCACCCUUUUGGAGGUGAUACAACUUGUCAAGAGACAACGGAAACUAGCCAGGAGCCAUGCCUUCGUCUCUCAAAAAUACCUGGAUGCUAUCCAAAGUCUCAUGGCAGAAGCUACAAUACUUGAAGAGCGCGUGUUCACCCAAGCUAUACCCAGUGUCGACAAUAUCGAAGACCCAAAAGACCCACUAACGCCUUUAGAGCAUCUCGUGAAGAUGGCAGAGUGCAAUCACCAGACUGCACUACUCCAACUUUACCGUGUCUUUCCGGAUGUCCUUGUCAGACGUUUAGAAGCCAGUGCAAGUCAUGAUGGGAUGCCAGUUUCGGACUCUACGAUGGAACGACACUAUUUGUCAAUGGCAAUGCACAUUAUUGACACCUUGUCUUCCAUACCCAACUCUUCCAGCACGACCCCGUUCCAGACAGUCUUGUUGCUUUCUACUUCAAGUGAGCUCGGUCUGCAGUCAGGCUCUCAAUCUCUCAUCGACUACAGCCCGCUAGAAACUCCGCGAAUGCACAGUCAAGCUACAGCCUGUAAGCCACCAUUCACCAUGGAUCUGGAUGAGCUAGGGAGGAAUUCUCGCAUUCUUGGUGCCCGCGACUUCGUAGUCAAGAGAUUACAUGAAUCCCAGCAGUCCAUUCCAGGUGAUAGGCUGCCUAAGCUGCUCAAGAUUGUGAGAAAAGUCUGGGCAUUACUUGAUGAUGAUCAGCGACAUGAAACAAUCUAUUGGUAUGAUGUUGCAAUGCAAUAG